AUGCCGCCACAAAGACUGGAGACGCAACUGGGCAAUCCCCACGGUCGUCCUGCGGUUCCCCUCGGUGUUGAAGACCCGGUGCCGACUGAACACCCGAAGGCAGUAGAGAAAGACGGAGAAAGAGACGAGUUCGCCAAUCUGUGGGUUAACUUCGCAAGUAAGAUGCAGGCUUCGCGUCCAGGAAUUCUGCAUGGUGUGCAGGCCUCACAAGUGCUGCAUCACCUUCCGUGGGCGUGGCUACGCCGUGAUCUGAAUUCUUUAUAUGCUGUUAGCCAGGAGACAUCGAAGUUCGACCAGUUUUGGUCCCACAGCUGGAAGGGGGCGCUGUGGGCGAAGUACGUCAAUGUACUCUACCUUCAGACAGGCCUUGCAGCAAACGUUGCCGGCACGCUAAGUGCAAGUCUCGCCCUGGGCUUAGUCUCAGCAGGGUGGCUGGGAGCAAGAAGAGGAUUCUGCCUAGUGUUCGGCUUUGUGACCUUUUGCUUCACUCCCUUUCUCUGGCGCUCACGGAGGAUUGUGUUUCUAGAUAUCUUCUGCAUUCACCAGCAGGACCAGCAGCUCAAGGCAGAAGCCAUCAUGAGUGUUCUGGGAUCCAGCCUGGGUGACGAGAUUGCGAUCUGGUGGUGCGUCUUCGAAAUAGCUGCCUUUCUACAUAGCCGCACGAAAGGCAGCAAGGCAGUUCUGCAGAUUAUUCCUCCCUUACUUGGCCCAGCACUCCUCGGCGGCGAGAUCUUAUUUUGCCUAGCAUGUAUAGUGUAUGCCUACAGCGAAAUCGCUCUGGCAUCUUCGGAAGAUUCCAAGUUUUCGGCGGCAAUCCAUCUUGUUUUCUUUGGAGUCCUUGGCAUUCCAUGUUCAUUCUUCGUUUCGCACUCGCUUCGAGGGUAUGCACGCAGCGUUGAGACGCUGAAAGAGCAACUCUGCGAGUUCAAGGCUGCAGGCACGAGGAGUGCUUGUUGCGAACAAGGCCAUGAAGGUGAAGCUGAAAAACUAUGCGAUCGUGAGAUUCUUUUCCAGUGUAUCGCCCAUUGGUAUGGCUCGGUUGGCCAGUUUGAAUCACAAGUACAAUCUGAAGUGCGGACGGCCCUCACCGAUCAGCUUGCAGACAAUGCGAUCUCUUAUAAACGCAUCUUAUUGCUUUUCACUCCCUACGUCUGGCUCCGCUUUGAGUAUGCAGCUACCCACGCAAGCGAUCCCAUCCGGCAGAUAGUCGAAGUCGCUCGGACGCUCACAUACUGGCUGGCAGUGUUUCCCUUCAUGAACAAGCUUCUUUUCCGCUUGUGCUACCGCCUUCGAGCCCAGUGUUGCAUGCUGCGCUGGGACGUUCUUCUUUCGAUGCUCAUCGUGUUUGCAACGUUCUUGUUCUACUUCAUCUGCUACAUCAUCCAAGUCUUUGUCUUUCGGCAAAACGAGCAUGAGCUUGUGCCAAGCGUGAUCUCAGUGGUUACAUGGCUGACAUUUACAGCCAUCCUGUUGCAGUUCGACAAGAACCUCAUGGACGCCAUGUUCACACCCCGCAGUGCCCGCGGCGCCGCCACCACACCCCGAAAGUCGUGGACUGGGCCGAAACCGCAAGGGCUUUGUCUGUUGGACAACAGCCGUGCACACAAUGUUGCAAUCGUGCUCACGAAGCUUGCGAUGAGUACCAAGGAACUGAGUCAAGCGAUUCGCCUCUUCGACACAGGCUCCACGUGGCUGCGUGCCGACCAUGUUGAGCUUCUGACUGUGGCGAUGCCGACGACAUCAGAGGCGACGAAGCUGCUGGCGAACAAAGACAAGGAGGAAACCCUCCGAGACGUGGAGAGGAGGAUGCUGCCGCUCUGCAAUCUCAGCCCGGCGCGGAUAAAGGUGAUGAAGUUCGCGCUCUCCUACCAGACGAUCCGGGAAAGUUUGAUGGAGCGCUGCCAGGUACUACAGCAAGCGGCGGAGGAGUCAAGGAAUUCCGUUCCGUUUAGGGAGCUCCUGGCCAUCGUCCUAGAGGCGGGCAACUACAUCAACGGCGGCGACCAAGCAAAUGCGCAGGCAACCACCGACGCCUUUCAUUCGCUUAUGCAGGGCUUCUUUGACAGCUUAUCGGAGGUGGAUAGGCUUCGUUACAAGCUCCCGCUGUCCCAGGCGGGCAACACGAUGCAAAGUUUCGUGUCGCCCACUUACCUCGAGCUUCAAUGCCUUCUUGAAAGCCUCGACAAGCUCGUCGCAAAGCGGCAUCCGGUUGAAGUGCGCAAGCAGGACGGGGACAUUGUCGAGGAGAUUGCCAGAAAGCUCCGGGCUGUUAUGCUUUGCUGCGAGAAGUGGGAAGAACUGUUUCCCCAGCUGACGGUGGACUUGCAACCGAACUUGAUGUACCGCAUCCAUAUCUUCAAUGGCGAAGGGGUGGAUGUGCGCCUGCACCUGUUCUUCCAAGACGCCUCUGAAACCUAUGUGCACAGCCAUAGGGCCAACUUCCAUUCGGUGUGUCUAUAUGGAAGCUACGUCAACGAAAUCUGGGAUGUCGGUGAGGAUCGGCAGGGCGACUUUGGUGGCCACUUCGAGUUUAAUCGCUCGCAGGAUGAAGCCCUCAAGAAGCCCGGGGACAGGAAGUCGGGAUCACUUCUGUGCAGGACUUGCUGGAAGCAUUCGACUGGCAGUUCGUAUUUCUUGGAUGCCACGACCUAUCACAAGACAGUUCAGGAAAGUGGCAAGGCUUUGACUUUGUACAUCAAGGGCAAAGCCAAGCCUUUUCACACCAUCGCACUUAGCAAGGAAGAGAGACCUGACUGGAAAGGAACGAACUGUUUGGAAGAGAGGGUGGAUCCCUGUGACGUCAAGCGCAUCUCCAAGGACGCGAGCGACUUGCUGAGGAACGGCAUAUGCGACAGAUUCUUUUUGCCGCCCAUAUGA